GGCGCGUUCGCCGGGGGCGCAUCACUCUUAAGGGCGAUAUCGCUUGAGCUGCAGCUUAAUAGUGUUACAAGAAACACCAGGACUGUUGAAGUGUAUACAAUCCUUAAGAGUGAUGUCCUCCGGAACAGAAUACAGAUAGUAGGUACGGGAUACUAUACUAUUUAAUUAUGGAAAUAUUAUAAGAAUAGGAUAAAAACCAAUCUUAAGAAUAUCAGUUUUAAACAUAUCAAUUUAAAACUAUCAUAUCUAGGACAUAUUAUAGUAUAGUUGUAGGAGCUAAUGUUAUUCUCGUCUUCAUACGAGAAGUUCUUGUUAUCUUGUAAAACCAGCGAUUGGAGGAAAUACGUCUAGUUCCGUAAACGUAGCGGCCAAUGGCGGUAAGGGCUACGCGCAGCCGUAGACAGCUCGUAGCUCGUUGCGGGGUGCUACGCGGGGUGCUACGCGAUCGACAGACGCUACGACGGACCUGCUACGCCUAGGAACAGAAAUGUGUUAGUAUAGUGAUUACAUGAAGAGCAUCGCGUUACAAUGCAGGGGUUGCAAGCUGCGAAGGAGAAGGCCUCUGGUUUGUUCGCCAACAAACCCCUUCUGUUCAAAAAUAGUCAAUAUGAAAAUUUCCAUGUUGAACAGAAGGGUUACGAUCAGAUGUAUGAUGGCGAAGACCUUGAAACACCUCCAUCUCCAGAGAGACCUCCUCCUCGGCAAAUAGAUAAGUACGUCAAAGCUGAAUGCCCAUGUCUGAGCGCUCGGUACACCGUGGCUCUGCUGGCCUGCUUCGGAUUCAGUAUCAUGUUCGGAAUGAGAUGCAACAUGAGCAUGGCCAAACUGAAGAUGAUGGAAAAACAAAACACGUCAUCUGGUGUGGUAGAAGACACGCCAUUUAAUUGGACAGUAGAAGUUGAAUCAUCCAUCGAUUCAUCCUACUUCGCCGGUUAUCUGAUCACUCAAGUGCCCGGUGGUUUCUUAGCCUCUAUGUACCCGGCUAAUAAGAUUUUCGGCGCCGCGAUAGUUGCUUCCGCCUUAUUUAACAUGGCUAUUCCAGGAGCAAUGUCCGUAGGACCUGUGGCUGUUGUUUUCUUGAAAGUAGCACAGGGCUUCGUUGAAGGUGUAACUUAUCCUUCAUGCCACGGUAUCUGGCGAAUGUGGGCUCCACCUCUAGAACGAUCUCGUUUGGCAACCCUGGCUUUUUGUGGGACUUACGCUGGUAUUGUUAUUGGCAUGCCACUAUCAGGUCUGCUCACCGAUUAUAUUUCUUGGCAGACUCCCUUUUACUUUUAUGGAAUAUCUGGUGUUAUCUGGUAUUUUAUGUGGCUUUGGUUGGUGUUUGAGAGACCAAGCAAACAUCCUCAUAUAUCGGGCAAGGAGCUAACAUAUAUUGAACAAUCUCUUGGAACACAGUCGCAAGCUGCUAUGCCUGGGUUCUGGAAUACACCGUGGAAGGAAUUUGCUACUUCAAAACCUGUGUAUGCUAUAAUUGUGGCCAAUUUCUGCAGAACGUGGAAUUUUUGUUUACUCGUUAUCUUCCAAUCUGCAUAUUUUAAAACCAGGUUUAAUAUGCAGAUAACUGAGUCUGGAUUCGUCGGAGCUAUACCUCAUUUGAUCAUGACGUCAUUGGUACCAAUUGGAGGAAUGAUGGCUGAUUAUUUGCGAAAAAACAAUAUAAUGUCCACGACUAAUGUGCGGAAACUGUUCAACUGCGGCGGUUUUGGUCUCGAAGCUUUCUUCUUCGUUCUUAUUGCAUAUGCUGAUAAUAAGUACAUAGCUACGAUAGAGAUGACCUUGGGCGUGGCCUGCAGUGGUUUUGCUAUAUCUGGUUAUAACGUCAACCAUCUUGACAUCGCUCCACGGUAUGCUUCCAUCCUCAUGGGACUGUCCAACGGUAUUGGUACUAUUGCUGGCUUCAUUGUUCCGAUCGUCAUCGAUAACAUAACAAAGGAAAAGGAUAAACCGGACAAAGCUAUAACAGAAUGGCGUGCUGUGUUUCUUAUGGGGGCAACUGUACAUUUUAUCGGCAUCGCCAUAUAUGGUUUCUUUGCCUCCGGAGAAUUGCAACCUUGGGCUGAACCAGCGCCCGCUUACGAAGCCCCUCUAAAGCCUUUAGAUCAAGAGACCACUUUUACGGAGAACACAUCAGCUCUUAAAGCUUCAGAGCCGCCUGCUUAUGGAGCAAUUGUGCCUCCUCGUCCUCCGGCACCCCAGGCCCAUGUCCCCAACAAUCCUUUCGUUUCUGGAGCACUUUACCAGGCCGAGCCAAUCCAGCCCCCUGCACAGGAUUACCAGGACCUCACCGACGACGGCACCUAUUAACCUAACUAUUAUAAUCGUGCUAGUCGGUGAGCUCUCGCACUAUAGCUAGUAAAUUGUAAUUUACAUUCAAUUUGUAUUGUUUCCAGUUGUAAAUUCUAUUCGUUCGUUGAUAUUUUGCUUGUUUUUAUAUUCGUGAUAUUUUAUUUGCUCAAUUUUAUACAGAUGUAUAUACUUACAUUGGCAUAUCAGAGUUGUUUAUAGUUUUUGUUUUGUAGGCUACUCACUAUAUGAAGGAACGUUUGUCCGUAUGCUGUCGUGAUUAGGUUUGUUGUAGCUUCUAAAAUUUUUGAAUGUAUAAUGAAAUUUAGAUGUUAUGGGCAUACGGCUGAGUGAGUUCUGCGCAGUUUGUGACACUGUCUAGAUCGCAUUACGCCCCGUUACUAUCUCUUGUUGUUGUAAAAUGUUUAAAUAUAUUUAAUAAAUAAUAAUUUAAUAAUUCAAGGAUUGUACUUCAAUUGUAAUUGAAAUCAUAACUAUAUGUAUAAUAGGUGUAGGAAUUUAAAUAAAAUGUUACUUACUUAAGGGAAGGUAUAUGCUUACUUUCAAAGCCUCUGUCCUUACUCAAUAUUAACGAAUAUUUUAUCUGUUUGGGAUUUAAUAAUUGAAAGAUUUCUUUUAUAUAUAUAAAUAAAUAUAUUUGUCAAUCUGUAUAUUCUGGCCAGCUUAAACAUACGUGUUACUAUUUGAAUUUGAAACUACCAAUACUAUUAGCACAAAUUUUUCAUUUAUAAACCUACUGUUGAGAUCGUUCUCAAAUAUUUAUGAAUGGAAAACCGGAAACUCUCUGUAUGUAGUUUCACGAGAUAAAUCAGUGGUAGGUAAUAUCAUCAAUAUUAUUUGAACGCUGAAAAUUGAGAAUAAAUUUUAUAUAAAAGCAAUUGAAUUGAAACAUUAUAUUAUAAUUAUUUGUAUAUAUUUGAAAUUUAGUCUUAAUUUAAUUAUUUGAUCUAUGUACCUUUGUUACUAUUAUUUUUAAUUAUCCCUAACGGAAAAUGGUCGUGACUCUACAA